CACACGGGUGAAAAGCCAUUUUCCUGUCCUGAGUGCGGGAAAUGUUUUUCAGUGAAGUCCAGUCUUUACAGACAUCAGAGUACUCACAGACGAAAGAAGAGGUUCUCCUGUCCUGAGUGUGGGAAGGGUUUCCAUUUUAAAUCCCAUCUUAAAGUGCAUAAAAGAUCUCACACGGGGGAAAAACCAUAUUCCUGUCCAGAGUGCGGGAAAUGUUUUUCACAGAAGUCCCAUCUUUACACACAUCAGAGAUCUCACACAGGGGAAAAGCCGUAUUUCUGUCCUGAGUGUGGGAGAUGUUUUUCCAUGAAGUCCAAUCUUUAUAGCCAUCAGAGAUUGCACACAGGGGAGAAGCCUUAUUCCUGUCCGGAGUGCAGGAGAUGUUUUUCAUAUAAAUCAGAUCUUGUUACACAUCAAAGGUCCCACACGGGGGAAAAGCCAUAUUCCUGUCUUGAGUGCGGGAAAUGUUUUUCAGUGAAGUCCAAUCUUUCCAUACAUCAGAGAUCUCACACAGGGGAGAAGCCGUAUUCCUGUCCUGAGUGCGGGAAAUGUUUUUCACAGAAGCCCCAUCUAUACAAACAUCAGAGAUCUCACACAGGAAGGAAGAGGUUCUCCUGUACUGAGUGCGGGAAAAGUUUCCGUUUUAAAUAUGAUCUCAAGGUGCAUAACAGAAUUCACACAGGAGAGAAGCCGUAUUCCUGUCCUGAGUGUGGGAAAUGUUUUUCACAGAAGUCCCAUCUUUGUAGACAUCAGGGAUCUCACACGGGAGAAAAGCCGUAUUCUUGUCCGGAGUGUGGGAAAUGUUUUUCACGUAGGUCCUAUCUUCAAAUACAUCAGAAGUUUCACAGAGGUGAGAAACCACAUUCCUGUCCUGAGUGUGGGAAAUGUUUUUCACAAAAGUCUAAUCUUUACAAACAUCAGAGAUCUCACAAACAUCAGAGAUCUCACGCUGGCAAGAAGCUUUAUUCCUGUCCCGAGUGUAGGAAAUGUUUUGAACAAAAAUCAGAACUUGUUACACAUCAGAGGAGUCACAUGGGGGAGAAGCCAUAUGUCUGUUCUGAGUGCGGGAAGUGUUUUCGUGUUCACUCCAAACUUAAGGUGCAUAAAAGAUCUCACACGGGGGAGAAGCCGUAUUCCUGUCCUGAGUGUGGGAAAUGUUUUUCACAGAAGUCCAAUCUUAACAUACAUCAGAGAUCCCACACAGGGGAGAAGCCAUUUUCCUGUUCUGAGUGCGAGAAAUGUUUUUCAGAUAAGUCCAGCCUUAAAAAUCAUCAGAGACUACACACAGGUGAAAUGCCGUAUUCCUGUCCUAGGUGUGGGAAAGGUUUUCUACGAAAAUCGGAACUUGUCACACAUCUAAUGUAUCACACAGGGAAAAAGCCAUAUUCCUGUUCCAAGUGUGGAAAAUGUUUUGUACGAAAAACGGUACUUGUCAAACAUCAAAGGUCUCAUGUAUAA